AUGUCGCUCAACUUCCUCGGGAAGAAGAGCUUCCACCCGAGCGCGCCGCAGAACGUGGCGAAGCUCUGGAAGGCGGAGGAGAAGAAGCGGCUCGAGGCGGAGAAGAAGAAUGAGCUCGCGCGGGAGCAUGCGAUGGAGGAGUCGCGCCGCCACGCCCGCUCGCUCAUGGCGGCGCGGCGCGGCGAGGUGAACAAGGAGCCGCCCGCGUCGAUGGACUUCAUGUACCAGAAGCCUCCCGGGCUGGCAGAGGCGUCGCAGCGCAAAAAGGUGGAAAGGCCUGCCGACAAGGAGGCCGAGCGCUUCCCGCUCCUCAAGGACGCGCCGCGCGCGGGCGUGCAUGAGCUCGUCAACGAGGUCCAGCACCAGCCGUUUGGCGUCAAGCUCAACAACGUGCAGUGCCGCGCGUGCGGCCAGUGGGGCCACUCGGUCGGCGACCGCGAGUGCCCGAAGCGCAACGAGCUGACGGCGGGCGAGGUGGACGCGAGGGCGCGGCUCGACCCGGUGGGGCGGCUGCACGGCUCGGAGGCCUCGGGCGCCGAGCUGCGCUGGGAGAUCAAGGGCGACCGCGGCGCGGGCGGGCUCGGCGCGGGCGUGAGCGCCCAGGACGCGAACCAGCAGUACGUGCUGGGCGACAUGGAGGAGGCAGCGGCCUUGCAGGCGGGGAGCGGUGAGCCGGGGCUGAGCGAGCUCGACCCGGAGCUCCUCGCGACGCUGAGCGAGAAGCAGCAGCGGCAGCUCCUCAAGAUGUACCGCAAGGAGCUCGCGGGGCGAGAGGGCGGCGGCGAGGGCGGCGGCGAGGGCGGCGGGCGCAAGGAGAAGCGGAAGCGAGAGAAGAAGGAGAAGAAGCAGCGCAAGCGGGAGAAGAAGGAGCGGCGGCGGCGGCGCGACGGCGAGAGCGGUAGCGAUAGCGGGUCAGACUCGGAUUGA